CAUCCUUCAGCUCAAUGGAUGUUGAAUGCGCACUGCUGGACGACACCGGUGAGCGUCAUCCUCCCACAUCAUCACUCAGACACGCAGCAUCAGGACCGGACACGCUGUUCUUAGAAAUGUCUGUGCGCGUGGGCCACACACAAGAAACUCAUCAUCAGACGGAGAAGCCUUUAAUACGGUGUGCUAAAUGUGGAGAUGUGUGUAAAGGAGAGGUGUUACGAGUGCAGGCCAAACAUUUCCAUAUCAAGUGCUUCACAUGCAAAGUAUGCGGCUGCGAUCUGGCUCAGGGAGGUUUCUUCAUGAAGAAUGGAGAAUACAUGUGCACUCUCGACUAUCAGCGCAUCCACGGCACCCGCUGUAACAUCUGCGGAGAGUUCGUGGAGGGGGAGGUGGUGACCGCACUCGGAAAGACCUACCACCCAGCAUGCUUUGUGUGCACGAUCUGCAAGAGGCCAUUCCCUGCUGGAGACAGAGUGACAUUCAAUGGCAAGGACUGUUUGUGUCAGUACUGUGCUCAGUCCACGUCUCCAGGCCCCACCAAAGACAUCACAGGCCCCAGCAACUGUGCGGGCUGUGGCAGGGAUAUUAAGAACGGUCAGGCUCUGUUGGCUCUGGAGCGUCAGUGGCACUUGGGCUGUUUUAAAUGUAAAGCUUGUGCCAAAGUACUGACUGGAGAGUACAUCAGCAAGGAUGGCGCCCCCUACUGUGAGCGAGAUUACCAGACACUGUUUGGAGUACAGUGUGAGGCAUGCCAGGAGUUCAUCACUGGUAAAGUGUUGGAGGCAGGGGACAAGCACUAUCACCCCAGCUGUGCCCGCUGCAGCAGGUGUAACCAGAUGUUUACAGAAGGAGAGGAGAUGUAUCUUCAAGGGUCGACUGUUUGGCAUCCAAGCUGUAAGCACUCACCUAGAGCCGAGGAUAGACGGAGGCUAUUGCCCACAUCUCUAGCUUUCAUCAGCAAAACAGAAAGGCAGCCGACACGCUUAUCGUCUGAGAGUAUAUGUUCCAGACCUGGCUCAAGCCUACCUAGCUCACCAGGUCACACCAUAUACGCAAAAGUAGACAAUGAGAUCCUUGAUUACAGAGAUUUAGCAGCCAUUCCCAAAGUCAAAGCCAUUUAUGACAUUGAGCGUCCAGAUCUAAUCAACUAUGAGCCUCUUUAUACCACAUCACUGGAUGAGUCGGAGGAGAGAGAGAGUGUGGGAGAGCUCCAGAGCACCAGGAGAGAAUGUUCACCCAUGCCAGAUGACAGAACCAGGUCUCCUACACCAACCACUGAGGGUUAUUAUGACAUGAGAGAACGCAUUCUUCAGAGAUCUACGAGUCAGGGCUCCAUCGGCUCACCCAUUUACAGCCGCUACAAUUACACACCAACCCUGUUACGCUCACCACAACACUUCCACAGACCUGGCACUGAGCCGUCCAGCGGUCGGAGUUCUCCAGGGGCCAGCACCCCUCCUCUCCCCCUGACCCCUAAACAUUUUCACCUGCCAGAUCAAGGGUUGAACAUCUACAGAAAACUACCCAUCUACAAACAGCAUGCCCAGAGCAAGUCGGCUGAUGACAUCAUCAAAUCAGCCAAAUUCCCCUCCGCGAACGCCCCCGGUCCAGACAACCCAGCAAAGACAGAGACCGACAGCUGGUCAUCCACAGUCUCCCAUGCUUUCCUAGUGACGGACGGGAGAAGAAGAUCACGAGAAGAGGAUGAGGUCGAGCAGCAGAAGCGAAGACAACUUCAGGAAGAACAUCUCAACAGGAUCCAGUCUGGUUUAGGCAAGAUGAUUCUGAAGGAGGAAAUGGAAAAGGAGCAGAUCCGUGAGCGUCACGCACGGAGCCUGUCAGCACCACGUUCUGAUCCGGAUCAUUCCGGUGCUAAUGCAGAUCAAAGCUCACCUUCUAAAAUGGGAUCAUUGCCUGGAUAUGGACGAAAUUCACUUCAUCGGCCUCAGUCCACUGACUUCACUCAGUAUUACAGCUAUGGGGAUGUUUGUGGUGGAAUAAGGGAAUUUCAGAACAUACAGGAUGGCCAUCGCUCAGCCUUCAGAAUGGACAGAGGAGUUUCUAUGCCUAACAUGCUGGAACCAAAAGUGUAUCCAUACGAAAUGCUGGUAAGCCGCAGCCGCUCAAAGCUUCCCAGAGAUGUGGACAGAACUCGACUAGAGCGUCAUCUGGCUCCAGAAAAGUUCUUCGAAAGCUUUGGGAUGGAAAUCAAGGAAUUCGACCGCUUACCUCUCUGGAAACGUAAUGAACUGAAGAAGAAAGCCAAACUCUUCUAAACAGGAACUAACAUGUCUACAUGUGCUCACGUUAUAUAUCAUACCGCUUUAUUCUCCUGUUUUUGAUUUUCAAUUGCUCCUAAUGGAGGUCAAAGCUGUAUUGCAAAACUGUAGCCAUAAGAUUCCUUCAUUCUUCAGUCUCAUCAUAGGACGUCUUUUUUCUUUAAUACGAGGUUCCAUAUAUUUACUCACCACCUCUCGACUCUCUACUUUAAUCUCUGUAUGCUUUUGUUUCAUUUUCUUUCUCUAAAAGCAAGUUUUCCUUGUUCUUGUAAAUUUUGCUCAUGCUGAUAAGAAUGUUAUCUUUGUAAGUUGUAUCUGUUUAAUUCACACUCCCACUAAAGAAUCUUCACUUUGCUUCAUUUUUCGUUCAGGGAAGGAUUGUAGAAGUCUCACUAUGUGUGUGCCUGUGUCUUUUUCUUCCUGUUCAUGUAAAACACUUCAGAAACGUUUCAAUUUAAUCCAUAUCGACACGUAUCCAUAUAUUUACCCUUUACUCCUGUACCAGCCUCUUAAUAUAUUAAAGAAUAGUCCACACCGAAAUUAAAAAUCUGUCAUUUUUAUUUACCCUCAUGUUGUUUUAAACGGACACGCGAGGGUGAAUAAAUGACACAGAUUUCUAUGUGAACCUUUGCUUUAAUUAAAGGUGCGUUGUGCAAUUUCAACACCACUAGUUUCAUUCUGAUGCCACUGGAGGUGCAGACGUUACACACUUCAUCUAAACUGUCAGAUCAAUGCUGAUGUUCACUCUCUAGUAUACUGUAUAUUAAAAAAGUAGAAUACAAAGGUAAAAAUGUAAAAUAUGAACUGCGUGACUUUUAUAUAGAGUUGAUACUCAUACUGCCAAUUGUAUUUCUGAGAAACGGGAAAUGUUUCAAAUCGAUAAAACCAAAAGGUGAAAAUCUUCAGUCUCCAGCCGUUUUUAAAUUCAUCCACAUGAAUCACAUCAGACUGAUGACUCCAUUAUGUUAUCUUGUUCAUGCACACUACACAGGACUAACUGGAAUCACGGGCAUUGAUACUUCAGCAGGACCAAAUCAAAACAGAAACUCGAGUGAAAACAUUCCCAUUGAACACAAUCAAGUACAGCUACAGGUCUGAAUAAAAGAAAUACAUCUACUU